AAAAAGAAGAACACGCAGUGACACCUUGCUGUUAGCUGAGGCUGGCACGGAAAACCAUGUAUUCUUCGGCGUAGGGAUUGGUCAGAACCAGCAUGAAAGAGUAACUCGGUGAGUAACAUCAGCAUCCUCUUUUCAGAGGGAGGAGAGGGUUUGUUAUGGGCUUCAUGAUGCUUCUCCCAUGUGAUCAUGGGAAACAAGAGGAGCAGCGGUACCACCAGCAUCACCAGCCGCUUAGGGUCUCUCCUUCCUCCUCCGCACUCUUCUUCCCAACACCAAUCAUGGCCUUCCCACCACCACCACCACCAUCAUCAUCAUCAUCCACCUCUUCUUUUCACUUGGUCACUCAUCAUUACACCCCCAUCAGCCUGGUAGAACAGGUGGGAGAAGGAAGCAAAGCUUAAUCAAGUUAAAAAGGAGGAGAAGAGGGGAUACGAUGUCUUGGACAUGGGAGCUCAUGGAGAGCAUCGGUUCCUUCUCUUCCGGACUUCCUUUGGGGAAUCAAGCGUCUUGGUCCGAUCUCUUUAUUCUUGGCUUACAUAUAUGAGAAACAAAGAGCCUUAUUCUAGAGUAUUUCCAUCCUAUAUACUUCAUUUGUGCUUCUGUUGUGUUUCCUCUCAAGUUAUCUAUUAUUGAACCCUAACAAUGGUGUGAGAUGGAGUCUGUUGUUUGGACUAUGUCGUCUGUUAAUUUUUCUUUUCGAAAGAGGGUUUCCUUCUGCAGAUACUCAUGAAUUAAUCACAUCCUUGUGGAGGAGGAGGAGGAGGAGAAUACAAUUAAUUACAUAUAACUUAUUUCUUCCAUGAUCAAGAUGAUGGUAUUAGUAUCUUCUUCUGUUUGUCUCAAGGACAUGGGUUGCAUCAGUAGAUAUGCAAAGAUCCAUGUGGAAGGAGGAUCUCUAGCAGCGAAGUGCAAAGAAGGCCCUCCAUAUCCUUCUACAAGGGUUUCUGAUUCGAGCGAGGAAUUGCUAGUGAAGGAACAAAAUAAUCGAGGAGGACGAUCAGAAGAGCAGAUGUCCGCUCGCCCCCAGUUCACCAUUACUCUAGGCCGAAGCGGUCAGGUUGUCAAGAGAGCAAGACCUAUAGUUGAUGGUAGUCAUUCUGUUGAUGACAUGCCUUCCUUAGGAGGCAAAAGGUCGGUGAGAGAAAGGUUGGAAAGUAACACGGCCAAUUACAAUUCUUAUAGAAGGCAGUACGAAAACAAACGUCAAAGGACUGACGGCCAUGAUUCAAGAUUCAUUAAUAAGAAUAUGAGGGACAAACAAAUCAAAACUGAUCAUCGGGUUGGAAGAGAUGAUCUGAGAUGGAAACUUAUGAAGAAAAGCUUAUCUCGAAGAAAUCUUGAUGCUGAAGGACAACGUGAUGUCGACCUACGUGAAAAACUCUCUCGAAAUGUACAGGCUUCUAGCAGAUCUGAUUCCCGACAACAUGUAACAGAAUCAAGUGCCUCUGGCCUUGGAAGGAGAAUACCUUCCACAAGAAGUGCAGAUGAUUUACUGGAAUUGGAUUCACAUAGAAAGUCUUACACUUGGACGUCGGACCGGCAGAGGCUUGGUUCUCCGGAUAGGUUUAUCAGCACUCAAAGGCACAUGCCUCCUUCUAGAAGAUAUGAGGAGCUGCGGCAUGCAUCUGCUAUAAGAUCUAUAGAUGCUUCUAGACCCUCUAGUUUUCUGACAAAUAGUGGGAUAGGUGAUGCUUCCAGAUCUCUUAAUUUUAUGGCGAAGGACAUGAGUGUGAAUGCAAAUCCGGUUGUUCGAGCUCCUGCACCAGGGAUUAUUGAGCCAAGAAGUGUCCUUAAGCCUGAGGAACCUCUUACAGUUGCUAGCUUGCUACAUUCAUUAGGGCUUGGAAAAUAUGCCAUACUCUUUCAGGCAGAAGAGGUUGACAUGACUGCAUUAAGGCAGAUGGGAGACACUGACCUAAAAGAAUUGGGAAUUCCCAUGGGCCCUAGGAAGAUCCUUCUUGCAGCUUUAUCUCAUGCAAGACAGCGGCAACGGUGAGAAGACCAAGCCUUAGUUGUCUUUGUGCCGCAUGUCGGGGCCAUUGAUUAUAUUAAACCUUAGGAUCUUAUCCUCCGUCAAUGCUUAUUUUGAAGCCUUAUUUUGAAUUCAACCUUUGCAGACGACUAAACUUGCAUUCCUCAGUGUAAAUCGAAUGCUUUGUCAAAAAUGUAUUGUAGAAAUCCUCAUUCUUACGGGGACUAGAUUAUAUGUGGAGCAGGAGAAAACUUCAAAGCCAUAGUGGUGGUGCUACUUGUUGUCAGAGUUGGCCAAUGUAUUUAGAUGAUAUGAUUAUAGAUCAGCUUGGACAACGGUUUAGCA